CGCACGGCUUCCAUUCAGGCGUUUGGUUGGCCGGCAUCGGGUCCUUCCUCCUUUUCCUCGUCCCUGAGAGGCUGAUGUCAAGAUGAACGACACAGUGACAGUCAGAACCCGGAAGUUCAUGACAAACCGGCUGCUUCAGAGGAAGCAAAUGGUUGUCGAUGUCCUCCAUCCGGGCAAAGCCACAGUCCCCAAGACUGAGAUCCGGGAGAAGCUGGCCAAAAUGUACAAGACCACCCCUGACGUUGUGUUCGUCUUCGGCUUCAGGACCCAGUUUGGUGGCGGCAAGACGACGGGCUUCGCCAUGGUCUACGACUCUCUCGACUACGCUAAGAAAAACGAGCCCAAGCACAGACUGGCCAGGCACGGUCUCUAUGAGAAGAAGAAGUCCUCCAGAAAACAGCGCAAGGAACGCAAGAACAGAAUGAAGAAAGUACGAGGCACCAAGAAAGCCAGUGUGGGCGCUGCUGGCAAAAAGUGAGCCUGGAGAAUCAGGGAUGUUCCUCGUGCUCAAGAUGUUCUUGUAUAUUGUCAUCGAAUAAAAAAACUUAGGGUGAAAAAAGUCAAA